AUGAGUAUUGCUGCUUCUUGGAUCCAGCUCACUGAAUAUAACAACAACUUCUUUUACUACAGAAGAAACAAUCUCUACAACAACCUUUCAACAGCAUGGUGCAAUGAACAAGGAGUAAAACCAAAAGAUUUUAAUUUAGCAUCAUAUGAAAUUGUGAUUUGUCCUUUUGGUGGUCCGAUUGCCAUGUUCAAAAAACCAUCAUCGAACAUGUUAUUCGGAGAGGGAUCAUCAUCAAGUCAAUCAGCAUUGAGUGAAUCACAAAUGAUUUAUAUAUACUCUGCUGCUUGUAAAUAUUUGAGAAAGAUCGAUCAGAGCAAAGAAGAACCAUUAUUAGGGAUCGGUUGGACCGAUGAUAUGAAAUUGAUGGUUCUGACAAAAAAACGAUUACUUCUCUAUAAUGCCUUCAAUGGUGAACGAUAUGCAGGUCCAUGGCAAAACGAAGAUUCAAGCAACAACUCGUCCGACAAGAAGAAUGGCAGCAGCAGUAAUGGUGACAGCAAUUUCUCCAGUAAAUUACAACUGCCCUCAACCGCCUUGGAUAAACUCACGAUCAACCACCACCAAAACAACAAGAAAACAAAAGACGAUCCACCCCUCAACACCGAUACGACUUCUACCUUCAUUUCCGUUCCACUACAGGCAGAGGAAGAAAUUAAAACUCAUGCCUUCUUCGGAGAAGGAUGUGUGGUAUUUACCUCGAAAAGACGUUUACUCGUAGCCUAUGAUUUGUCAGAGGCUAAACCCUUUCAUGAAUAUAUUUUCCCUAAAAUUGGAAUUUCUCAGAAUGCUGAUCUCUCUCAAUCCGUGAUGGCUGUUGUGCCUAAUUAUGAGCUUUCAGUGAGAAAGAAAAAACCAAAAGUUGAGGGUAAAAAGAAGGCUGGAGAACCCCAUGAUCAUGAAGAGGAGGAAGAAGAGGAAGAAGAGGAUGAUGAGGACGAUGAAGAAGAUGAUGAAAAGACAAGUUCUUCUAAUGCUUCACCAAAAUUAGCACCAUCUUCAAGUGGUGGUGGUGGUGGAUCAAUAACAAAAAAGAAGAGUGGAUUCUUUGGAAUGUUGGCUCGAAGAAAUGCUCGAACAUUAACGAGUGCGCCUCUCGGAGGUGGUGGUGGAAUGGAAACAAAACCCUUCAAAGUAGGAAAAGGACCACUUGUAUUAUUUUGUACUCCUGACAAGAUGACCAUCAUUAUGUGUUAUUCCAAUCUCUAUAAGGAUAUGAAAUUAGAUGAAAGACUGAAAGGAAAUAUUCAAGAACAAGAUACAUCUGGUUUCACAAAAAUUGCUCUUUCACCUGAUUUAAAGACCGUUGCUGCUUUUCAUCAAGCCUCUGGUCAUUUAUUUGUAUUUGAUUUGGCACUGACUUCAAAUUAUUUGAAAUUUUUCACAGGAAUUACAGAACAUCGAUUGGAUCAAUUAGUUUAUUGCGGAGGAGAGUCCAUGAUGUUAUAUUGGAGUCCUGAAAAUAUUGGAGGUGGUGAUCAAUCUCUUGUUCUCUUAGUGAAUUGUUUUGGCCACUAUGAAUCGUUCACUUUUGACGGACCUAUUGUUCUUUCUCAAGAAGUUGAUUGUGUUCGAUGUGUCACAUCAAACAGUGUAGAAUUUAUUGAACGUAUACCUGAAAGUAUUGUUGAAGUUUUUAGAAUUGGAAGUUUGUCUCCAGCUGCUCUUCUCUACGAUGCCUACUCUGACUUUGUGAAUGAGAGAGCAACAUGUUUGAAAACAAUUAGGGAAAUUAAGAACAAGGAACUGGGAGAACAAAGCAUUGAUGCUCUUUCUGAUGGAGUCAACAAGUGUAUUGAUGCUGCAUGUAGAGAAUUUGAUACUAACAUCCAAGCUCAAUUGUUGAAUGCUGCUAUUUAUGGAAAAAAUUUUAUGAAGACUUCUAUUGAUGAAGCUAAGGCAUUCCAAACAAAAUGCAAAUACAUUCGAUUGAUGAAUGAAUUGAGAAAUAGAAGUGAAAUUCCAAUUACAUAUGAACAAAUUAUUGCGCUUACUCCUCAAGUAUUGGUUCAAAGAUUAUCUGAAAUGCAUGAAUUCCUUCUCGCCUACAAAAUUUGCGACUAUUUGAAUCUUUCAAAAGCUAAAGUUCUCGAACAUUGGGCUAAAACCAAGAUUAGAAGCCAAAUGGAAGAAAAAGAUGAAGCAUCCCAAAUGAAACUUCGUGAUCGAAUUAUAGAAAAUCUUGGGAAAUUCUCAACCAGUGUGAGCUUUUCCAAUAUUGCCAUGGAGGCAUACAAAGUUCAAAAACCCAAAUUAGCAAAAGCUCUUCUCGAAGUCGACUCCAAUCCCCACUCACAAAUCAAACUAUACUUGUCCAUGCACGAAACGUUGAGUGCCUUGGAAAAGGCACAACAGAGUUAUGACACUGAUUUACUCUAUGUCGUAAUUUUAUAUCUUAUCAAAUUCUUUGAUACCUAUUACAUGUUUGAAAUGAUUGCAGAUAAGAAAGCAGCUAGAAAGUUAUUUAUUUCCUAUUGCACUCAACUUGGAAAGUACAAGAAGCUUGAAAAGUUUUACAAAUACUUGAAAUCAGAGCAGAAUGAAGAUGAAGCAUCAAGAGAAAAUGGAUUUGUACAAUUAAGACAUGCUUUCAAGAAUUAUGAUUCACCUGAUGACGACGCUGAGAAACGAUUCGCGUAUUACCUUGAAAAAUCAGAAAAAUAUUUCAAUGAAAGAAGUGCUGAUAAAUUGGAUGCAGAAUUUUCAUUAAAAUCAAGAGAGCUUUAUGGCUUGCAAAUGAAACUUGAAGAAGAAACAGAUGAAGAAUUUAUUGGAGCUCCACUACAAGAUACUCUCUAUAGGGUCAUGAUCAGUCCAGCACUCAGAGAAAAGAAAGGAGAACGAAAGAAAUAUGUCAAAAUUCUCAAGAAGAAUUUCGGUGUCACUGAUAAGAGAUAUUACUUUUCAAAAAUCAAAGCUCUUGUCCAUUUGGGAGAAUGGAAAAAGUUGGAAGCAUUUGCCAACAGCAAGAAAUCUCCUGUGGGUUACAUUCCGUUCGUAGAAGAGUGUUUGGCCUCUCCAAAACCUGAAGAAGCUCUCAAAUACAUCCCAAUGAUUGAAUCGGUUGAGACCAAAGUGGAGUAUUGGAUCAACAUGCUCAAAUUUAAGGAAGCCAUCGAAGCAGCAUUUGAAGCUCGAGAUAUUGACCUACUUGAAUACAUCAAAAAGAAAACAAAGAACAGCAAAACAAAGGACACAAUCGAUCAGUGCAUUCAACAACUCAACAAGUAA